AUGCCUCUUCUCGGCUUUCUGAAUGCCUUGGACAAUGUCCACCACUUCGACCCAGACAAACACAUUCCAAAUCUUGCGGGAAGGGUGAUUGUGGUGACGGGAGGAAAUUCCGGGGUGGGAAAAGAAACUGUCCUACAACUGGCAAAACAUAGUCCCCGGUGUAUCUAUCUGGCUGCUCGCACCAAGGCCAAAUAUGACGAUGCCAUGAAAGAUAUCGCGGCUGCGGCACCUGAUGCGAAUGUGAAGUAUGUGGAACUGGACCUUGCCUCGCUGGCCUCGGUCAAGAAGGCUGCAGACCAGGUGUUGGACGAGACCGACAGGCUGGACAUCCUGGUGAACAAUGCUGGAAUCAUGGCGCAUCCGCACGGCCUGACCAAAGACGGAUACGAGAUCCAAUUCGGCACAAACCACAUGGGCCACGCCCUGUUGACCCGACAACUUCUUCCGCUGAUGCAGAAGACCACCUCACAGCCCGGCGCGGACGUUCGGAUCGUCAACCUCUCUUCCGGUGCCCACUUGUUCGCCCCCCGCGCCGGCAUUUGUUUCGACGGGCUCAAGACAGAAAUGAAAUCCUACAACCCGGGCACGCUCUACGGACAGACCAAACUCGCCAACAUUCUCCAUGCACGGGAGUUGGCGAAACGGUACCCGGACAUCCGGAGCACGUCCGUCCACCCCGGCCGCGUCGAAACCAACAUCGACAAUGUCAUGAUGGAGCUAAACAACCUCAACGCGCGCGUGCAAAGAAUCUUCGACUUCCUGGCGGGUCCCAUGAAUGUGCAGCAAGGUGCUCUGACGCAGAUCUGGGCCGCGGUAUGGAAGAAGGACGAGAUCAAGAAUGGCGCGUAUUACGUUCCCGUAGGCAAAGAGAAUCAGGGGUCAACGUUGAGUGGGAAUGCAGAGCUGGCGGAGAAGUUGUGGGAUUGGACUGAAAAGGAACUCGUGGAAAAGGGAUAUUGA